AACAAUUUUUGUCGAAUUGCGGCAAAAUGGCCGGCGAACUGCUGUGCUGAAAACGAAACGUCAGUAGACGAGCGGUGGUCGGCUUUUUUACAACACACAAAUGCGUUCCCUUUAGGUUUAAUUAGUUUUUAUUUAUAAAAUAAAUUCGAUAUAAAUAGUUAUUAUACGGCCGCGUUGUGUGUGGUGCGUAAAAUUAAAGAAAUGUCGGGUGAACGCGAGAUCCCGGCCGAGGACAGUAUUAAGGUGGUGUGCAGGUUUCGGCCCCUAAAUGAUAGCGAAGAAAAAGCUGGAUCGAAAUUUAUCGUAAAAUUUCCAUCGGGAUCAGACGACAACUGUAUAUCGAUAGCGGGGAAAGUUUAUUUAUUCGAUAAGGUCUUCAAACCGAAUGCAACGCAAGAAAAGGUCUACAAUGAAGCUGCGAAGAGCAUCGUAUCCGACGUGUUGGCCGGAUACAAUGGAACGAUAUUUGCUUACGGGCAAACGUCAUCGGGGAAAACGCACACGAUGGAGGGCGUGAUCAGCGACCCCCAAAAACAGGGCAUCAUUCCCCGAAUCGUCAACGAUAUUUUCAAUCAUAUUUACGCAAUGGAAGAAAACCUAGAAUUUCAUAUUAAAGUCUCGUACUUUGAAAUUUAUAUGGAUAAAAUUAGGGAUUUAUUAGAUGUGUCUAAAGUGAAUUUGAGUGUUCACGAAGAUAAAAAUAGAGUCCCUUUUGUGAAAGGAGCAACGGAACGAUUUGUGUCGAGUCCAGAAGAAGUAUUUGAAGCCAUCGAAGAAGGAAAAUCGAACAGACACAUUGCUGUAACAAAUAUGAAUGAACAUUCCUCGCGAUCUCACUCCGUGUUCCUGAUAAACGUAAAACAAGAAAACUUAGAAAACCAGAAAAAACUCUCCGGGAAAUUGUAUCUGGUCGAUUUAGCUGGUUCGGAAAAAGUUUCGAAAACCGGUGCCGAAGGAACGGUGCUGGACGAGGCUAAGAACAUUAAUAAAUCUUUAUCAGCCCUCGGAAACGUAAUCAGCGCUUUAGCCGACGGAAAUAAAACUCACAUUCCGUACAGAGAUUCGAAAUUAACGAGGAUCUUACAGGAAUCUUUAGGUGGUAACGCCCGAACGACUAUCGUGAUAUGUUGCUCUCCGGCCAGUUUCAACGAGUCCGAAACAAAAUCAACACUUGAAUUUGGCAAACGUGCUAAAACCGUUAAGAAUGUUGUAUGCGUCAACGAAGAACUUACAGCUGAAGAAUGGAAAAGACGCUAUGAAAAAGAAAAGGAAAAAGCUGCGCGUCUUAAAGGAAAAGUCGAAAAAUUGGAAGCUGAACUUCAACGAUGGAGAAGUGGUGAAACAGUCACCACUGAUGAACAAGUUACUUUCAACGAUGAAAAUUCAACACCAAUUGCAGCUAUGGAAGAAAGCACUACAGAACCUUUAGUCGGCCCAAUGCCUGCAACACCAGCUUUAAUGAUCGGAUCAACUUUAGGAAGCGAAGAACGUCAAAAAUUAGAACAAGAACGCGAACGCCUCUACCAACAAUUAGACGAAAAAGACGAAGAAAUCAACCAGCAAAGUCAAUUUGCCGAAAAACUAAAAGAACAGAUAAUGGAACAAGAUGAAUUAAUAAUGAGUACGCGACGAGAUUACGAAGCGUUACAAGGCGAAAUGAAUCGUAUUCAACAAGAAAACGAAAGCGCCAAAGAAGAAGUAAAAGAAGUGUUACAAGCUCUGGAAGAACUUGCCGUAAACUACGACCAAAAAUCGCAAGAGGUCGACGCUAAAAAUAAAGAAGUCGAAUCGUUAUCUGAAGAGGUAAUGCAAAAAACAACCCUCUUAAACUCGACCGCUUCCGAAUUGCAACAAUUAAAAGAUAUGAGCACACACCAGAAGAAACGCAUCUCAGACAUGUUAACGAACCUCUUGAAAGAUCUUGGCGAAAUCGGAACCACUUUGGGCGGGGAGGGCGUCGAUAUGAAAAUUACCAACGAUUCAACGAAACUCGAAGAAGAAUUUACGGUGGCGCGCUUGUACAUUUCAAGGAUGAAAAGCGAAGUAACUAAUUUGUCAUCGCGUUUGCACGAACUCGAAAACUCGCAACAAGAUAGUAACAAGAAGGUCACCGAGUAUGAGAAGGAAUUAGGCGAGUGUCGUCUUUUAAUUUCGCAACAUGAGGCGCGAAUGAAGAGUUUACAGGAGAGUAUUCGCGAAUCUGAAAAUAAAAAGAGGAGUUUGGAGGAGAGUGUUGAUGCUUUGCGAGAGGAAUGUGCUAAACUUAAAGCUGCCGAACAGGUGCAUAGUGCUAGUGAAAGUGAAAAGAAAGAAGCAACUGAAUUAAGAAAAGCACUCGAACAACAAAUGGACCAACUACGAGAUGCUCACCAGAAGCAAGUUGGAGCUUUAAGAGAUGAAAUCUCUGAAAAGCAACAAUUAAUCAACGAUCUCAAAGAUUCAAGUCAGAAAUUGCAACUGGCUCAACAGCAACUCCAAACAGAUUACGAGAAGCUCAAGUCAGAGGAGGCGGACAAAUCGCAAAAGCUCCAAGAGAUGAUCACGACCAACGAUCGUCGAGAACAAGCGAGGAAGGACCUGAAGGGACUGGAAGAUACCGUAGCCAAGGAACUCCAAACGUUACACAAUCUACGGAAACUUUUCGUACAAGAUCUACAAGCGCGUAUUAAAAAGGCGGCAAACCCGGAUGAUAACGAAGAAGAUGGCGGAUCUUUGGCGCAGAAACAGAAGAUUUCUUUCUUGGAGAAUAACCUCGAUCAAUUGACUAAGGUACAUAAACAAUUGGUUCGGGAUAACGCCGAUUUGAGGUGCGAAUUGCCGAAAUUAGAAAAAAGACUUCGAGCGACCAUGGAACGUGUUAAAGCGCUUGAAACUGCUUUGAAGGAUGCUAAAGAAGGCGCUAUGCGUGAUCGAAAACGGUAUCAAUAUGAAGUGGAUCGAAUUAAGGAAGCUGUUCGACAGAAAAAUUUGGCAAGGCGCGGCCCCGUAGCCCAAAUCGCUAAACCCAUUAGGGCUGGACAACAGCAUCAUACGGUUUUAACUGGUGGGGCAAUACGCGUUGGCGGAAAUGUUCCCGCUCCCCAGAGGAUUAUAGCUGACGACACUGCUCAGAAACGUAAAUCAAUCGUUUCCGGCGGUAAUAGAGAUGAGAGUUGAACGGAAAAGUUACAAGGUGCUCCAAUCACUCCAAUAGUAAGCCGCAUUAUUUAAACCUAAAAAGAGGAA